AUGGCCAGCUCAGAUCUAGAUGCGAAGGUUCUUCGUCAGGUUGAGUACUACUUUGGUGAUAUAAAUCUCCCUAAAGAUACUUUCUUAAAAAAAACCUUGGAAGAGAACGGUGGCUGGAUGCCUUUUGAUGUCUUGCUAAAAUUCAAAAGACUCAAACAGCUGUCUACCGAUAUUGAUGUUAUAAAAAAUGCGUUGAUGAAAUCUGAGCUGGUUGAGGUUGGCGAAAAUGGUGUUCGCCGUGUGCUUUCGAAUCCAGCACCAGAAACUCUAUCUGAGGCUCUCGCCAUCCAUGGCGACAGAGCUCUGUACGUAAAAGGAUUCCCCACUACUUUGUCGCUUGAUGAAAUAAUUGCAUGGCUUGAGAGUACUGCCGGCGAAACCUACGAUGUUUUCUGCAAACGAUUUCCGAACAAGUUAUUUAAGGGGAGUAUUUAUGUUACGUUUAAGGAAAAGGAUGCUGCUGACAAGUUUAUGACAUCCCCAGAUUGUGCCGAGUACGAAGGGAAACCUCUUCUCCGCAAGUGGUACAAAGACUACCUGGAGGACAAAAUAAAGGCAAGAAAAGCAAGAAUCGAGGAGAAGGCAAAGAAGAAUGAUCGCAAGAGAGCAGAGAUUGUUUCCAAGAUGACGGCUGGAGCUCUUAUUGAAGUUUCUGGCCUUCCAGUUCAAGGUACGCUGUCUUCUGGGUGUAGGAUGUAUGGAUCGUCAUUUUAUGCGUUGGAGGAGGAAUCGAAGUCGGAGAGGUGUGCUGAUGAAAACGACGAAGGUGAAGCGAAAAACAAUUCAGAAUGCAGGACAGAUUUACCAGACCGUGAUAAAGGAGACGGAAGUAGGCAGACGGUGUCUAAUCUCAAAUUAUGGUUGAAUGAAAUGUUAAACUCCACUAUUCCUGUUGCUUGGAUUGACAUCGACCCCUCAGGAAAUAAAGCGAUAGUUCGUUUUAAAGAGCCUGCUUCUGCUGCGCCGGCCCUUACUAAGCUUACCAACGCAUUUGAAGGAGGCAAAAUUGUGUACAACGAUUCAGAAAUUACUGCUAGGUUAAUUGAAGGUGAUUUGCGCUUUGACGUAUUGCAUUUAAUGCGUUAA